AGCAGUCGUUGAGGUUAUUUCCGAUUAUAUAUAUAUAUAUAUAGGAAGAACGGUAGCAUAUUUGUUAUCUUGCUGAAAGCCAACAAGGAACGCUCACGGAGAUCUUUCCCCGCCCAGCGUUGACUCUUUUCUUUUCUAUUCCCUACCCGAUUUUUGUUUCAGAGCGCUCUCCGCGUUCUGGGUUCGGCCCGUUAUCUCUCUCAUUGUUUUACCUCCUAUUUUUUUCCCCCGUAGUAGCUUAGUCAUCCAUUUUCACGUUCCUGUUUGCCUGUGUGGUGCACCGCCUAUAGCAUUACUCGUGAAGUUGCUCCCGCUCACUUCUCAUAGCUCUAUUGUUCUAGUUGCGUGUCUGAAAGCCGGCAAUAAAUAAAGGAAAGAUAAAAUGAUGCGCCGUGCGUUGAGUGGCGUGGCCGUCCGCGCCUCUGCGGUGCGUGCAUUCACCGAUGCCCACACGAUCCGCAAGCCGAACCCGUUCGACCAGCUUGUCCGCUCGGAAAAUCAGGCCUACGUGGAGAACCUGAUGCGGCAGUACGAGGCGGACAGCGCGCUGGUGGACCAGAGUUGGGUGCCCGUGUUCGAGGCCAUGCGCUCCAACAACGACGAGAUGCCUGUGGUGUCCACCUUCAGUCGUCCCAUCGAUGCCAAGUCGCUCUCAGAGAAGCAGCGGCACGACAACAUGCGGCUGUCGUGGAUGAUUCGCAUCUACGAGCGUUUUGGCCACCACAUAGCCAACGUAGAUCCCAUCAACGGCUACCGCGCCGAUAAUCACGUGCUCGGCUCACGCACGCUGGCCGCGGAGGAGUUCGGCUUCACAGAGGAGGACCUCGAGCAGGCCUUCAACGUCACCUUUGGCGCCACCCACGAGGCUACCUUUGUGAGUGGAGGCACCUCGAUGAAGCUGGGCGAGAUCGUGGAUCAGCUUCGCCGUCUCUACUGCGGCCCGAUCGGGUUUGAGUUCAUGUCCUCCGGCUACUUCGACCUGCGCAACUGGUUCCGCCAGGAGAUCAUGAACUCCCUGCAGCCGCUGCCGGUGCAGGAGCGGCGGCAGCACUACGACGACGUCGUGAAGGCCUGCGGCUUUGAGAAGUUUCUGCAAGUGAAGUACUCCACCCAGCAGCGCUUCGGCCUCGACGGCGGGGAGGCUUUUAUCCCGGCCAUGAACGCGGCCAUCCUGACCGCCAGCGAGCUGGGCGUGAACAGCGUGAUUAUCGGCAUGGCCCACCGCGGCCGCCUCAACCUGCUCGCGAAUGUGAUUCACAAGUCGCUGCACGCCAUCCUGAACGAGUUCGAGGGCCGCGCCGCGGUGGCCGACGCGCACCUCAGCGGCGACGUGAAGUACCACCUCGGCCUGCGCAAGUCGGUGACGCUGCCGAACAACCACACGGUGGAACUCGAUCUCCUGCCGAACCCGUCGCACCUGGAGGCGGUCAACUCCCUCGUGCUGGGCAAGGCGCAUGCACGGCAGGUGUACACGAACGACGUGGAGUGCACAACGGUGCUGCCCAUUCUCGUGCACGGCGACGCCUCGUUUGCAGGCCAAGGCUCCUGCUACGAGACGAUGGGGUUCAGUGAUUUGGAGAACUACCACGUCGGCGGCGCCUUGCAUGUGGUGAUCAACAACCAGAUCGGCUUCACCACUAACCCGAAGGACUCGCGCGCGAGUGCGUACUGCACAGACCUCUCCAAGGUGAACAACGCGCCUGUGUUGCACGUAAACGGCGACGACGUGGACGCGUGCGUGAAGGCGGCGAAGCUGGCGGCCCGGUUCCGUCAGCACUUCCACCGCGACAUCAUCAUCGACCUCGUCUGCUACCGCCGUAACGGACACAACGAGGCCGACCUACCAGACUUCACGCAGCCGCAGCUGUACGAGCAGAUCCGCCACCAUCCCCGUCUGGUGGACAUCUACACCAAGACGCUCAUCGAAGACGGCGUGAUCACCAAGGAGGAGGCGGACGCGAAGGACAAGGAGUGGGACGCGAUGCUGCGGCAGGCCUACGACCGCAUGAACAGCGUGCAGGACUUCGUAAAGGUGCUCCCCUCCUUCGACCCCGAGAGCGAGAACACCUCUUCGGACCUGUCCAACGCGAAGAUCCUGGCGGCGCUUGUGCCGGCCCCCGUACCGGCCGUGGACACCGGCGUCGACAUCAACACCCUCCGUUCUGUCGGCAUCCACCUCGCCACGGUGCCGAAGGGGAUACAGAAGGCGCACCCGGUGGUGGAGCGUACCUACGCGGCGCGCAAGAAGGGCACGGAACACGGCGACGCCAUCGAGUGGUGCCAGGCGGAGCUGAUGGCCUUUGCGACGCUGUCGAUGCGGGGCAUCCCAAUCCGCCUCACUGGCGAGGACGUCGAGCGUGGCACCUUCACGCAGCGUCACGCAGCCGUCACAGAUAGCAAGACGAACCUGAAGUACUACCCUGUGAAGACGGUGUCGCCCACGCAGGCUCUCAUCACGAUUUCGAACAGCUCCCUCUCAGAGUUGGGCGUGUGCGGUUUCGAGAUGGGCUACAACAUGGAGAACACCAAGUGCCUCACCAUGUGGGAGGCGCAGUUCGGCGACUUCGCGAACGGCGCGCAGGUCAUCUUCGAUCAGUUCCUCGGCUGCUGCGAGGAGAAGUGGAACGAGCACAGCAGCCUGAUCCUGUCAUUGCCGCACGGCUACUCCGGCGCCGGUCCGGAGCACAGCUCGGCGCGUAUUGAACGCUUCUUGCAACUCAGCGACGACGCGGACUGCGUGCCCGCCGACUUCCGCAAGUUCUCGAACGACCAGGCGCUGGAGAUCCGCGUUCGGCGCCACAACUGGCAGCUGACGUACCCGAGCACGCCGGCCAACUACUUCCACAUCCUGCGCCGCCAGGGCCUUCGCGAGUUCUCGAAGCCGCUGGUGAACUUCUUCUCCAAGGCCCGCUUGCGUGCACCGAACCUGUCGGCGCUAGCGGAUAUGGCGAAGGGGUCCUUCUUCAAGGCCGUCCUCGACACCGCGCCAACGCCGGAUGUCGUCGCGCGCAAGGUGGUCUUCUGCUCCGGUCAAAUCGAGAGCAUCGUCAACGACGCCCGCGCCGCGAUGCAGAAGGAGAAUCCUGGCGUGCACGGCGAUGUGGUGCUCGUCACCCUUGAGCAGCUCGCACCCUUCCCGUGGGAGCAGGUGGCGGAUGUGAUGGAAACGUACGCGCAGCGCAACCCCGAGACGGAGUUCGUCUGGUUGCAGGAGGAGCCGCGCAACAUGGGCAUGUGGACCCACAUGCGCCCCCGCAUGAACAGCCUUCUGCGUAAGCUCGGCAUGAAGCAGGCCCGCAUUGGUGUGAUCAGCCGUCCCGCCGUGGCGUCGCCGUCCACCGGUUACGGCUCCGUGCACGUGGUGGAGGAGAAGAAGCUGAUCGAGGAGACGCUGGCGUAA